UGUCAGCGGGUCACCGACGACUCAACAACUACAAUAAACCGUCAACGUUGCACAUUACAUACAAUAGAAAGACACAUCGCAAAAUCAACAUUUGUUGUCGCAUUCUCUUGCUGCCCUCGCCGUUCCCAUUCCUUACACUAUGAAAAUCAAAGGCAGGACCUUUAUCAUCUCGGGCGGAGCAUCCGGCCUCGGCCGUGCCUGCGUAGAAGACCUCUGCAAAAACGGAGCCAACGUCGCCGUCCUCGACCUCAACGAGGAAAACGGCCAAGACACCGUCCGCGCCGUCGGGUCCUCCUCCGCCCGCUUCUUCCCCUGCGACGUCACCGACACGGACAGCAUCGCCGCCGCAGUAAUGGGGGCAGUAUCAUGGGCGCAGGAAACGGGCAAGCCGCUGGGCGGCGUCAUUCCGGUCGCCGGCAUCGCUAACCCGACCAUGCUCCUCGACAGAGACGGCGAACCCACCCCCCUCUCCGCCUUCGACCUCGUCCUCUCCGUCAACCUCCGCGGCACCCUAGACCUCAUCCGCCAGUCCCUCCCCCACAUGACCUCCUCCCCGUCCACCUCGCGACCGGAAGGCGGGGACGGCGAGCGCGGCGUCGUCAUCAUGGUCUCCUCGGUCGCCGCGUACGACGGGCAGAGAGGCCAGACGGCGUAUGCGGCCAGCAAGGGCGCCGUGGCGUCCAUGGCCCUCCCGAUGGCCCGCGAGCUGGCGCGGCACGGUGUCCGCGUGGUGGCUAUUGCGCCGGGCAUCUUCGAGUCGCCCAUGUCGAAGCUCAUGGCGCCCAAGGUGCGCAAGAGCCUCGAGGGGGCGGUGGAGUUCCCCCGGCGGCUGGGGCGGGCGGGCGAGUUUGCCGACUUGGUGAGGCAUGUUAUUGAGAACGUCAUGCUGAAUGGGACGGUUUUGAGGUUGGAUGGCGGUAUUCGCCUGCCCAGCAAGAUGUGAAGCGACGAAAGGUAAGUUUUUGCAUUGUGAGUUGCGGUGAUCCAACGGACGUGGUAUUGUAUAUAAGAUGGCCGCCCUUUGGAAGUCGGAUCACAGUUGCCGGUCACAAUGCCAACAGAAUGGUCAACAAAUUCGUGGUAAAUGUUUUUAUUCUCUUUUCCCACCAUCGUCAUCUAUUGUCGUCAGACCUCAUCCUUUCUUGUCUUUUCUUCACUAUCAUCACCUUGUCAAACACCA